CUUCAACUUCCUAGCGGGAAGCUGCUAUCGGGAAGUGUGAACAGGCUGCUGGAAUCGCUGAUAAAUACAGUCAAAGUCAUACGAAUCAAAGAAGAUGAAGCUGUCCCGAGCUGAAUAUAAGGAGAUUGUGAGAUGGACUGAUCAGCUGAGACCCACCCGUCAAUGUAUGAAGAUUCUGAAAGAAAGAUUUCCAAAUCACUCGCAGUCCACUCUUCUGAGCAUCUUCUCCCUGGAGUACCAGAAACGAAUCAAAAGAACAAUCUCAAGACACCAUGCACCAGAUGCUAUUGAAAGCCACUACCAAAGGUAUCUGAGUGAAGCCAAGGCACAUCCCACUGCCCCCGUCCUGCUGGAGUUGGCCAAUGAGGUGGAUCUGUCUCCGGCACUGAUGGCUCGUAUCAUCCUGGACAGGUUCCUUCAGGGCCUCGAGGGUGGAGUGCCCUCUAAGAUAGUCCUCAGCAGCAUGCUUAAAGAGCCAUCCUUGAUUCCAGACCAAAUUUUGGCGAAUAACAUUUACCAGUGCACAAUAAAUGACUGCUGUUAUGGACCGCUGGUAGACUGCAUCAAACACGCUAUUGGCCAAGAACAUGAGGUGCUGCUCUGUGAAAAACUAAAGGAGAGGAACCUUUCCUUUCUAGAUGAAAACCAACUAAGAGUUAUGGGCUACGAUAAAACACCUGAUAUCAUCCUGGAGGUUCCCAUUGCCGUCGAAGGACAUAUUGUUCACUGGAUUGAGAGCAAAGCCUCGUUCGGAGACGACCACAGUCAUCGCACCUAUCUCAACGAACAGUUCUGGAGCUACUGGAACAGGUUCGGUCCAGGCCUUGUGAUCUACUGGUAUGGUUUCAUAGGAGAGCUGGACUGCCAGAGAGACAGAGGUAUCCUGCUCAAAGACUGCUUCCCUACAGACAUAGUCACUCUGAGCCAUGCCGCCCAGCAGGACCGACUGCCACAAGAGCCAGAAUAAAGACAAAGACGGGGGGAAAGAAAGAAAAAACGUAUGAUGGAAGGAAAGAAAGAGGAAGACACAGAGGCGGGAAGGAACAGGGGUGUAUAUCCAGAUCCGGAAGCAAUUUGGCUUUCCUGCAGUGUGAGACGGCAAAAAAAUCUGCCCUGAACUCCACCUGACCCGCCGUCUCUGUCCGUCUCUCCCUUCCUCUCUUUCACUGCCCCAAAGCUACCACAUGUAAACACACACCAUCUUUCUGUAUUAUCUGACAGCACAGGGUCAGAUUCAUACCUGUGUGCAAAAACACUGUCUUGGAGGCUUUCCUGGUUGUGGUCAGCUCCUGGCCCCUGGAUGGCCCCUCGCAACGGACAGCCAGGGUGAGAGCCAGGGCCAAAGCAGGACAUUAGGUCCUUCCUUAUCACACCCAGCGCCCUGGCCUUUGUCACUCCUUCCUCCUCCACUCCAUAGGCAGAUAAGAGAGGUGCGGUCCAGGGGCUGGCUGGACGCCUGUCUCUCACCUGCGUCACUCAGCGUCCUCUCAGUUCCACCCCAGGGGGGUAAACAGGAUCAUUUCUGGUUGAAGAUGGCCUCACUGUGACCUUCUUCCACUUCACCUUAUAAAAACUAUUGAGGAUUUUCUUUUUUUCCCCACAGUUUUUGAAGCAAGGUUAACCAUUUCAAAACUAAAUGCUAUCAUAGAAUAAUAUCCACUUUUUUUGUAUUGUCUUUAAGUCAAUAUAAGUCUCCACAUUGUUGGUAACACUUCUCACACAGCUCCCAUCAAACUCAAGUGCCAACUAUAACUACUAAGUGUCUUUGUUUUUCUCCUUGGCUAGCUUGCAUGAUGUUGAUAUCUAUCUUUUUCUCACCAUAGACUAAUAUGUUCAAUUUUUUUAAAUUAAUUGGUUAUUGUCAGUCUAUGAAACAUUGAAAAAUCAAAGAAUUGGCCAUCAAAAUUGUUCAAUUAACACUCAAAGUUAUUUAUAUAAAACAAAUACCAGUAUCUGCAUAUAAGAAGCUGACAUUCACAUUUCUGCUUCUCAAAAUCAAAAAUGAUUCAUUGAUCAUUCAAAUUGGUAGCACUUCAUUUUCUGUCAGUCUUAAGUCAGUAUUAAAGAUGUGUUCUAUAAACAGUGUUACAUAACAUCAGAGAAAGCCAUAAAGCCUGAAGUUACAGUGUUCUCCAUACAAGGGAUUAAGGUGCCUGUUGAGCCAAAGAUUUGAGUAAUUAGGUCUAUAUGUCACCUAAACAAGUGCACUGCAGGGUUUAAAAAAAAAAAAAAGGAGGUGGUUCAUUUUAUCCCACAUUUUACACUGGGGUAAUUUAAUAGAAAAUGUAUUUUGUAUAUAGGGAUUUUGUAU